AUGUCGCAUGAGACUGCAAGCUAUAAGCGAAUCAUCCUCUGUGUUGACGGCACUUGGCUAGCAUCCGAUGAGGGUGGCAGCGAGGAGUCAUCCAAUGUCACGAAGAUAGCUCGCGGUCUUGCAAACAAUGGCCUAGAUACCGAUGGCAAGAUUGUUCCUCAGAUUGUUUUCUACCACUCUGGACUGGGAGCUGGAGAUUUACCGUUUCAAAAGGCGAUUUCAGGAGGUAUCGGUUGGGGCUUGGACCAGGAUGUAUGUCGAAUUUAUGAGUUCGUGUCCGAUAAUUACGAUCCCGGUGAUGAGUUGUUUCUUUUUGGUUUUUCUCGCGGAGCCUUCACCGUCCGCUCUGUGGCGGGCCUGAUUUCUGACAUAGGCGUGCUAUCGUCUGAGAAUAUGUCGCAUUUUGCGGAUAUGUGGAAAGCUUACCGAGAGAAUACGGACGGGAAACCUUUCUGUGAUUCUGCUUGGUAUCGGAAAAACCAGACCAUGCUGAGCCUGCGGGAUGAUAGUAUCCGAAUCAAGGUGGUGGGCGUCUGGGACACUGUUGGAGCUUUGGGGAUCCCAGAGUGGCCGUGGGUGGAAAUGGCAUCAAAAGUCGGCAUUCCGCUGAACAAGCAGUAUCAAUUCCAUAACACAGAAGUGUCCAAAAAUGUUGAUUACGCCUUUCAAGCUCUUGCAAUUGAUGAGAGACGGCUUACAUUUCCACCUACCCUGUGGCACAAGACAACCGACGCACCAGCUAAAGAUUUGAUACAAUGCUGGUUUCCCGGAGUCCACGGCAAUAUUGGAGGCGGAGCCAAGGAUCCCGAAAUCGCGGACAUUUCAUUGGCCUGGAUGGUGGACAACCUAUCUGGCAUGUUGGCUUUCAAGAAAGUCGUAAUGGAUGGAAUCAUCCAGCAGCACCGAGAUGCUCGGGCUGAACGCAUUUCUCCUGGACGCAAAGGCGAUGACAGCUGGGGUUGCGAUCCCAUCGUUUCGAACUUUGCCGGUAUUGAAGGAGCAUUUUACAGAACUCUGGGUGUCAAGGACCGCACGCCUGGUGGAUAUUCCCAAGGGUCAGGCAAGAAUGGAAAUGCCUCCGACACCAGUGAAUACUUCCAUCCCAUCGCUCGGAUAAGAAGGACCUAUCUUGGCUCUCAAUAUGACCCGGCCGCUUUAACUGGCUUUACCUUUCAGCAGCACGAUGGUGAUGAAAAUGCCCAUGCCGAUUGGUACUGGGUCAAGACAGGACUGAAAUCAGCAAUACCAGAAUUUGUUUUACGUCCCGAGAAGAAGUUGUUGGUGGAAGAUGGUUUUAGUUAUACCUAUCAGGAGAGCCUAUCCAGAAGCAUGUGUCCAGAACAUUUGUUGGCGAAACUCGACCGAGAUGAUGGGGUGACAAUUCCUGUUGACUAG